AUGCCAUCAAAGAAUGCAAAUAACAACGGCGCUGAUAAAAGUGAAGGAUCUCCCUCAAAAGCAGCCGGCAAAGCCCCCAAGAAUAAGACCACUAUGAAGAAAAGGACUCCAGUCAAACCUCGUGUUCAUAGGGUGAUUUCUUGUAACCCGAAGCCCACCAAGCAGAAGGUCUCGAAAACUAAAUCAAAACAACGCAAGACAUCUAAGAAGCAGGCUCUGGAGAGAAAGCAAACAGAUCCAGCCAUUGAACCCCAGCAACCAAAUCCCAGUGAGAUUGACCUUGGCUCAUUCAACCGAGAACCAAACAAGGCCACUUCUAUUUUUGGUAUUCAGUCUCAAGAGUCAGUUUGUUUGUCUGCCGUGACUGAAGACGUGUCUGAUUCAGAUCCUCUCGCCGCUCAUCUGUUCCAUGACACAUACGAGCAACCUCGGGUUAGUUCAGCACUAGAUCCCACCACUGACGAUCGAUCUGCCCAAGGCUUCAUUGGUAACAUCGGGUGGGACAUCCGCGAGAUCUUCGACUAUCUUAAUACUGAAAUUCCGCAUACCGAGCUGCCCCAGAUGGAGGCCGAGGAGAACUAUAACGCCACUUCCCAGGAAAGCCUCAUGUUCACCGCCCGACACCUCUUCCAACUAUAUAUCUACGCUUACCACCAGAAACAAUGGAACAUUUGUGACCUCAUCUCAGACAUCUGGAUCCGUACCUUCCAGGAGAAAGAUGCGGACGAAAACCGUAAGAUGUGGAAGAAAAACAAGUUCCCCUACCACACCAACGAUGAGGCAAGAGCUUCAAUUCCAGAGCCGACCAACGACAAUGGCUACCUAUAUCUCCACCAUAAGGUCGUGCAAUUUAAUAACAACGCCAUCAACGAACUCUACGCCCACACCAUGGAGAAAUGCGGCGCCCGAAUGGUCUGGGCGGAUGCAAUGGCACUCUGUGGAGGGGAGGUGGAGGAGAUCUUCGAGGAGGAGGGAUUGGGCAGCUGGCACCAGGGUCUUAUGCGUGAGGUCAUGAAAACGGCUUUGAGGCUCGUUCGUGUGCGCCGCACACUGAAAAUUGAGCAGAAACACCCGGAGGCCUGGUGCAAGCGGUACCAUGAACAUGAGAAGCACGGCAGGGAGUGCUACCGCGUUUUGGCAAGGGAGGGUAGAGCCCUCCGGGAGGAGAUUCUAGGGCAGAAACUGGUUAAGAAGAGGGGAGGGAGGGGAGGGAAGAGGAAGGAAGAGGAGGAAUUCAGGGGACUCUGGAGUGCCAACCUAUUCCCUAAGAUGGUCAGGUCCAAUGGCCCGGAGGGCGGGGUGGGUAAGAAGGCCUCUGCCGAGAGUGAAAAGAGCGGGGAGUGGGGAGAAAAGAGAGGGGUAGAGAGGUAG